AUGUCCAGAUCUUUCAGAACUGUGGCAAGAUGGGUGCCACGAUUGACUACUACUCGUGUUAAUAUUGUCAGAAGCUAUGCUACUAAUCCAGAACUGCCGUUGGAAAAAUACAAGCACAAGCUCGAACAGAAGGCUAAGGAGGUUGGCGCCCUGAAUGUCGCAGAGCUCCAAGAAAAGCUCAAGGAUCAGAUCGAGGCAAAGAAAAAAGAGUUCAAUGCUGUUGAUCCAUUAAAGGAACUCGAGGAAUAUGAACGGAAGCAGGCAGAAGAAUUAAAGAAGAAGAAAAGGGAGGAAGAAACCAACCCUGUCAUCAGAGCUGCCAUAGACAAGAAUACUCCAAAGGAGCCCUACAAGACACUUGCCUCGUUCAUAGACGUUGAAAAGGUCAAGGAAUUGCCCAGAAAGGAGUUGGAAUUUGUGUGGAGAGCUAGGUUUCAAAACAAAGAGAGAACGCUCCAGGCGAUGAUGGAGGCACACCAGUUUGCAACCAUUUUCGCCAACGCCUUCAAGAAUCCAAAUUUUGUGUUGCCGCUUCCUCGUGGUGAAGAUGGGUACGAAAUACAUUUCGUGCAAUGGGCAUUUCCUGGUCCCAACACAACUCAUUGCAUGUUGACCACAUUGGCUGAAUACCAGCUUCAUAAGGAGUAUGCGAAACCGCACACGACAUUGAUGUUCCACCAAGAGUUGAUUGAGGUCAAGGAUGUUGUGCUCAUGAAUGGACAUGUCGAGCUGGAUGUCUCGUUGACCAUGGACGAGGCCCAAUUACUAGUUCUUAACGUGCAAAGAUUUUAUGGAGGAUUGAAGGAGUCAGAGGGCUCCAAGCGAAAGCUUGCUUUGCUAAGAGAUUUCACUUCUGGAAACCCCAACUUCGACAUGAAAAAAUUAGUGGAGGAGGCAGCCUCUUUUGACUAA